CAGAGAGAGAGAGAGAGAGAGAGCGAGAGAGAGAGAGAAGAGAGAGAGAGGUGGUCAAAUAAUCACUAUUGAGAUCUCUAAUUCCAGGCGAAAUCUAACCUGUACUAUAAAAGAAGCUUCUCAGGUACGAGAAAAGGGGAAAUAUGCUUAAUAUUGGGGCUGUUGAAGAACUGUACAAUUUGUCUGCUUGUGAUACCGUCGCUCAUAUUGCAGAAUGAAUGAUGACGUUAUUGCUUUUAGAAUCAGCUCUGCGUGUGGAAAAGUACAGAUAAAGGUUGGAAAAAAGGAAAAUAAGUCCAAUUAAGACCAACUCAAAAGAAAUAGUACGGGCAGACGUCUCUAUAAAGAUGCAAACUGGAACCUGGAUUGAUUUAAAAAUGAACAUGUAUGUUUUGUUUUGUAUGCUGAGACAUAAGUGUUGAAACUUGUAAAGGAUGUGAGGGAGAGUCAGAGGAGGAGGAGGAGGAGGUGACAGUGCCAUUUGACUGGAGGGUACUCAUAAACCUGGAGAUGGAGAGAGUGCACCAUUCCUCACAGGUGACUGUACCAUGUGACUUCAGAAGCUUUAAAAAGCAAGUCAACCUGUCCUGUUGAAGUAUAAGUAACCACAAGACAGCAGAGGAGUCAGGCGAAGAGAGUACCUGGGCUGUCGGUGCACAGCAGCAAAGACUGACAGCCCCGCAAGUAGCAGUCUCCGAACCGAGUGUGGCAUCCAGAUCUUCACUGCGAGUUGUAUUUUUUUCUAUCUCCAGCUUGUGUCCACUUCUAUGUCACCAUGAGCUGCAGCAGCAUUGGAGAGUCUGAGUUUUCAGAGGACGAGUUGGAGCUUGGUGCACUCGAUCAAAGUAAGGACAAUGGAAGUCCAAAGAUGUCAUUUCAAGACAGCGAGAGCUCAACAAGCAGUCCGAGUGACCCAGAGGAGGGUCAGACCAAAAAGCGCAACAGACCAGUCCGGUCAAAAGCUCGACGGGUGGCAGCCAACGUUCGUGAGCGAAAACGCAUCAUGGACUACAACCAGGCCUUCAAUGCUCUACGGGUCGCUUUAAAUCAUGACCUUAGUGGCAAGCGACUCUCAAAGAUUGCCACACUGCAAAGGGCUAUCAAUCGCAUCUCUGCUCUCUCUGUGUUCCUGAGCACGAACCGUCCCAGCAAGCCUUGCACCCAUCAGGAGUGCAUUAGGCCAUCUGCAGGACCAGCAAUGAUGGGGGCAUCUCAACUUGAGCCGAUCAGGGGUACGGUCCCCCAUCUGGAACAUCAGAGUUACGCUCCCUGGCACGUCUCCGUCUCCCAUCAGAUGCAGGCACAAGACUGGCCUCACAUGCACAGGCUGCCUACGGAACCGCAUGUCUACAGGGAUAACGGUAUGUCAUCAUGCCCCCCUUCACCACACUACCCUUGUUGUCCCACGGAGGGACAGCUUCAUGCCUCACACGGCCACCGUGCCACCCCUCAGGACUGUCCGUCUAGCCCACUGAGAUACUCUCAGGUGGGUGAUGGGUUGGGGUACCAUCCCGGAAUGUGGGGCUCCUGCACUCAAGGAUACAUAGACACAUUUGGAGAGCCGUCUUCAGCUUAUGGACGUCCCUGGCUUCUGCAGGACCACGAGCACGUCUCUAGUGGGUCAGACAUACAGGAACAGGAAACUGGGAGCCCGUACUGGUGUGAACACCACAGGACAGCUGAAUGAGCUCAGGGAAGAAUUUGUGGGGUUUUUUUUCAUUUGCUUCUGAUGACUGAAUCAACGCAAUAUGACAAUCAAGUGUAAGGAAUCAUAACUAACAUGUUUAAAUCAAGAUGCAAUUACCAUCAGCAGGAUGUAUAAUGUAAAAGUAUGUGUCAUUCGAGAUCACACAGAAUUGUGAAUGUUAGUCAUUUCACAAUACAAAACCUGAAUUAUUUCUGACUUUUAUUUACUUAUUUCAAUGACAAAUACCAUCUUGGCACAUUAUUCACAUUUUUUCACAAGUAUUUAUUUACUCUCUUGGCAUAAAAGUUGUGUCUGUAUAUUGUUUGUGCAUUUGUAAAGACAUUUUCUAACCUUUCAAAUUAAAUGUUCAAAUCUACAAUUCCUGCAUUGGUUUUGCUCGACUUUUAUACACCAAUCAAAUAUCUCUUGCUUUGAGCAUACUUGAGUAUGCAUUUCCAUGCGUGUGCGUGUGUUUGAUUAUAGCUGAAGGUCAGCAGCCUCAAGCAUUCUGUACCUACGAUGACAGAAGUCCUUCACUUAUUUGAAAAAUGUCAUCGCAAGUCCAUUCUUGUCAUUUUUCUUAGCUAUAUAAAAACAAAACAAAGAACUGUCGGAACUGGGCAGAAUAAAAAGACGAGGUUCACGUGGGAUACACUGCGUUGUUUUGAUAGGGGGUUUUGAAGAGCAUGCCAAUUUCAGUUAAAGGAACUGUUUCAGCUCAUUCACAUUUAUAGGUCAGUUGGUGUCUGUGCAAAUCCGAAGGAACAAAUUAUAAGAACCAGUUCACCUAGCAGCCCUACUUGCAGAUCUUACUCAACAAUUUUCCCAAACCUGCCAAGUACCAUGGCAUGAAAAAAGUUUCACUAUUAUACUAGAGGAGAUAUUUCACCGACAGAUUUAUGCGGGUUCAGGAAGGAAGCCUGUGCCCCGUCAUCAGUGCGGUGAAAUCCCCUGUCGGAGCUGCACUGGCCUGGAGGUACAAAUGAAUGUGGGAAGUGUGUUUUUUUUUUUUUUUUAAACAUCCUAAUGGUCUCUCAGCAAGGGCUCACAGACAAACAACUAAAACAACUUGGCCCGGGGAGAACUACAGCAAGUUGUAAAUGGAGGGGAGGAGUGAAAUAAUCGGAAGAGGAG